UGCCAUUUUAGUGUCACUGUCAAAUCUAACCUCAUCAUUUGUUGUGAUUUGUGAUUUCAUUUCAGAUUACAAUAACUCAAAAAUGGGUAAACUAAACGUUUCUAUUAUGAGAUACCUCACUCCUGAAGAUUUUAGAGUUUUGAUAGCUAUCGAGAUGGGUAUGAAAAACCAUGAAUUAGUUCCAGCUGCCAUGGCAGCUUCAAUUGCAAAUCUGCAACAUGGAGGAGUGAAUAAAAUCCUUAGAGAACUCUGUAAACAUCGCCUUUUAAGUUAUGAAAGAGGAAAACGAUACGAUGGUUAUAGACUCACAAACACAGGUUAUGAUUAUUUAGCACUCCAUUCGCUCACAAAGCGAAAUGUUGUUGCCUCCUUCGGAAAUCAGAUUGGUGUUGGUAAAGAGAGUAAUAUAUACACAGUGGCGGAUACCGAAGGAGAACAAUUAUGUCUUAAGUUACACAGGUUAGGAAGAAUCUGUUUCCGAAAAGUAACUGAAAAACGAGAUUACCACAAGCAUAGAAAAUCUGCAUCGUGGUUGUAUUUGUCGAGAAUUUCAGCUACAAAAGAAUUUGCAUAUUUAAAAGCCUUAUAUGAACGAAAAUUUCCAGUGCCAAAACCUAUUGAUUUUAACAGACAUUGUGUUGUUAUGGAACUUAUUAAUGGGACAUUAUUGAAUCAUGUGCAAGAAGUCGAAAAUAUUGAUUCACUAUAUGACGAUCUAAUGAACCUUAUUAUACGAUUUGCAGAUUCGGGUGUAAUACACGGAGAUUUUAAUGAAUUUAAUAUAAUUUUAAAUGCAGAAGAGAAACCUAUUAUAAUAGAUUUUCCACAAAUGAUUUCCACUGAACAUCCAAAUGCUGAAUAUUUCUUUAACAGAGACGUUAACUGCGUCAAAGAUUUUUUUAAAAAACGCUUUGGCUAUGAAAGCGAGCUCUACCCACAAUUUUCAGAUAUCAACAGGGAGGAUAAUUUGGAUGCAGAAGUAGCAUGUUCUGGAUUUACUAAAGAAAUGGCAAAACAUAUUAAUAAAGAAUUUGGCUAUGAAGACUCUAAUGAUAGUAGCGAGGAAGAGGUUGAAGGGGAAACAGAAAAUGAAAAUGUACCAGAGAGAGAUGAUUUCUUUGAUGCGUCUGACAAGUUAGAAGAUAAAGAUAGUGUACAAGAUUUGGGAUCAAAAUCCAACAGUUCAACAAUAAAUUACAUAUUUGAUCAACUAAAGCUGAAGAGUAAAUUUGAUGAUACAGCACAAAAAAUAGAAGAUAUUCAACUGGAUUCAGAUGACUCGUCAGAUCACUUUGACUCUAGGAGCAUGCUCUCAACUACAUCUACUAUACCUCCAGAAGAAAUUAAAAAUCGUCUUAAAAAACAAUUGCUGAUCAAAGAAAAAAGACAACAAAGAAAGAAAUGUGUAGCUAAAGGCGAAAGUAGUGCAGUGACAAGAAGCAGAAGAGAAAAUUCCAAUACUAUAAAACAAUCUCAAGGGAUUUGGUGUGAUUAGUUUAUUUAGUUUAGUAAUGAAGUCUAUUUGAUAAUAUCUACCCAUGUUUUGAUAAUCUGGAAUACCAUAAAAAAAAUCUAUAUUAUAAAA